CCGCCACGUUUUCAGUUCUCUGCCUCCUGCGCACCGUACCGCCUUGAAGAACGGCCUCCCGGUCCCACCAACUACUCCUCCGUACUACUCUCAACCUCUCUCCUCGUCUCCCCUGGGUCUCCUCGGUAUCCUGCGAACCUCCUCCCGUCCAUCGUCAGCCUUUGACACAGAUUGCACCGCGACCCGAAGUGAUCAGGGGCGUGCUGAAAGUAUUUGUUUGGAAUUGGCACCAUGAGUGAAACCCUCUAAAGCACGGACGAAGCUCUGGGACGAGAGGCCGACCAUGGAGGGACUCUUCACGCUGCUCGCAUUGAGCAUUGUGAUGGCCAUUACAUCAUUCGUCGUGGGGUCACUGCCGCUUGCCUUCACCCUUUCCCCCUCCCAGCUGAGAUUAAUAUCCUCCAUUGGCAUGGGAGUUCUGGUUGGGACAUCCUUGAUUGUUAUCAUCCCAGAGGGAGUGGAGACUCUCUACAGCGCAAACGCGCUCCGCAACCGGAAUCAAAUCAGCACCCGGUCGACGACAGCCAUCAAUUGGCAACACCAAGCAAUACCCGCCACCGAUUUCCUUUCUGCGAGAGAAGCAUUGGAAUACUCAGAUACAGCUUUGGCAUCCCCGCCGAUUAUAUCCGCCCUACCAUCUACUCCUACCACAAUAACUACAACCCAUUCGACCCGAAAUGAGCAGCCUGAAAUACAGAAACGCAAUGAGGAGACAUCGAAUGAUAAAACCGAUGAGCAUCAUGACGAAGAAAGCUCACCUCAUGCUUGGAUUGGAAUCGCUCUCAUCAGCGGCUUCAUCCUGAUGUACCUCAUUGACAAGCUACCCGUUUUCGCAUCCCCCUCCAAACAGGAAAGGACUCCCUACCAUAUAUCUUUAGACAAUCUAGGUUCCGGGUUGCGACGCAACUCGUCGCCCUCGCGUGAGGGAGGCUUGUUGGAUGCUGGUAACAUUCCCAGGAGAAGCCACAGCUUUGCAACCACCACUGGGCUCGUGAUCCAUGCCGCGGCCGAUGGGAUCGCAUUGGGUGCAUCCAGUUCCGACGCCGGGCUUAGUUUUAUCAUCUUUCUAGCCAUCAUGGUCCACAAGGCGCCGGCAUCCUUUGGGCUCACCUCGGUGCUGCUGAAGCAGGGCCUCUCUAGUCGCACUGCGAGGGCGCAUCUGUUGAUCUUUAGCCUUGCUGCUCCCGUGGGUGCAUUGAUGACGUUCCUAUUUGUGCAAAUUAUGGGGUCGGCAUCUAGCAGCGAUGACAUUGGCAACCGGUGGCGGACUGGAGUUCUUCUUCUAUUUUCUGCUGGAACAUUCUUGUACGUCGCUAUGCACACUAUGCAGGAAAAUAGCCCGAACUCCUCCUCUCGCGAUUCCCAAGCCAAUGGAUAUGGCGACCACAGAGAGGCCCCCGCGUCUGACAAGUCCAUGAGAGACUUGGUCGCUUCUGUCAUCGGCAUGGUCUUGCCGCUGUUCCUACAGAUCGGUCACGCCCACUGACCUUGCUGUAUCCCCCCGUUUUUUUUUGUCUCUUCUUCUGGUCUAUCCUAGAUGCAUUCUGGUUCUAGGAAUCAAGAAAUAAGUCCCGUUUAAAGAUAGCUACACCGGGUUUGGACAACCCGCACGGAUUUUCUUGAGUGUAAUAGAUUUUGAUACUUGUUACUGGAGGAAAAGCUCGCCUCUAUUUAGAGAGCCAGGAUAUGCUGUGAUCUGUGUUAUAUUCCCUACGGGGGACUGUGUUUUUGUUUCUGUCGCUGUCGGCUUCGUUAGACGUCAUGGCUACGAGUGUGAGGUAUUUGUACAAUGCGGUGUAUGUUGUUUACCAG